AUGGCUGAAAGCUCGUCCGCUGAUGAACUACCAGUUGAAUCUCUCGAUCCUGCUGGCAUUGAUCUGACAGAAUUGGUUAAUAUGAUGAUAAACACAACACUUCACAGAGAUCAACAGUUCUUCUCAUUGCUGAGUGUUACUUCCCAUAGUUCCUUUGCUCUUCACAAAGUGUCCCUGGUCAUUUACAACAUUUCCAACUUCUGGAAGAUCGACCCCUCCCUUUUCCCACUGAGGUACUGUUACUGCUUAAACAACAGAACCAAUGACUUGUCAGAUUUCACUGCUGUGGUCGUGGACUUUGUGGGGAAUACCACAAGCUACUUCCAGGAGAUUUUUAAGUCUAGCUCCAUUCUCUAUGAAUCAAAUGUACCGGACACACCAUCAGUGGCUAUAUCUACUCAGAUACUCACAAUACAAAGUCCAUCACAAAAGCAGACAGCAGCCGCUUCCUCGGCCUAUAAAUCUGAAACUACUCAGAGGUUUGUAACUGUAGCAAUGCGUUCAGGUUGCCGGGCUAUUGCUAAACCCAGAGAAGAUAAACCAUUGAUAGUUCCAGUGCCGGUGACAGUGGUUAUUCAGAAGAUAAAUCCUUGUGUUCUAGAGCUUUGCCGAUUCUUUCAACAAUGCCUCUGCAACGUUGGGAAGCGGGGUCAGCCGAGGGGGAAUGCUUUGAGACAAAUGUUAAAUGAGCGGUUCUGUAAAGCAUUAAAAUAUGAAGUUGCAGAAAAGCAUUUGAAAGAUGUUGAGUUUGUUCUAAUGAUUGAUUUCCAAACAGGCAGUGUGAAAGCCCUGACCAGCGUGGGAGACAAGGAUUUUGAGCAAAGGUUGAUCAUUAAAGGUAAUAUAUUAUCAUUGUCUUCCUCAGACUGUCUGGGAACACACUUCACUUGGUUGCAAUCGGUAUUCGACAGCUUUCCAGCAUUUUACAGCUUUGUGAAUAAGCUGAAGUGUGUGACAGGAUAUUGUCCCAAGGACUUUGAAAAUUACGGCUGUGUGUGCAGAUUCAGGGAAGAAGGACUUCCAGCUGAUGAAACAGAUAGCUGCUGUUUCCAACAUCGAACAUGUUACCAGGAGGUCGCUGACGCUGGCUGCCGAUUGGAUCCUGGGAAGGUUAUCAGCAACAACCAGUGUUCCACUAAGAAUCUGACCUGUGCAGCUGCCAUGGAUGCUUGUGAACAACGUUUCUGCAAAUGUGACAAUUCUGUUAUUCAGUGUUUGUUAAAAGCGAAUUACAAUUCCUCCUUAAAAUGUCUGGACACUACCAUCUGUAAGCCUUUCCCAACAGACCUUGAGGCACCUGAACAGAGUACAGUAAAUGGUGUUACAGGCCCCCAGGUGCCUGGGGCUGCAGCUGGAAUACCAGUGGAAGUGAUUGCGGAGGACGAUAUCCACGGUGACACCCACUGUGCAGCAAUAAAAAUAUUUAGAAUAUGUUUCUCUACAGAUUGUGAUCGAAGAACUUUCCUACGUCUGAAGGAGAAUGGUAGAUUGAAGCAUGAAUUGCCUCAGAUGGGAGAGCUUCUGCUUUGUUUAACUGGACGGUGUCCAUAUGACUUUGAACAGUAUGGUUGUUUCUGUGGCCAGGAAGGGAGAGGCCGCCCCAUCGAUGAACUAGACAGAUGCUGUUUCUAUCAUCACUGUUGCUUGGAUGAGGCUAGAAAGCUGGGCUGCAGGGCAGGCCAAAGCCUGACUGGUCAGGUGUACUGCAUGGACCAACAAGCCACAUGUACUGGCUUGACACUUUGCGAUCAAUUCCUUUGUUCGUGUGAUAAAGCGGCUGCUGAGUGUAUAUCUGCCUCAGUGUAUAACAGCACCUUGCAAGGACUAAAUAAAGAGCAGUGUCGGGGCGAACAAGCUUCGUGCAAAAUUGAACUGCAGAGAGCACUUCCAGAUAGUUUCAGAUCCCAUGGUGGGCCACGUUCUGAGGAGAGUGCUGAAGAAAGGGUUGGUGGGACUGGACUACGUGGACCUGGCCGUGGACGACCAUUGGAGAGGCGACGUGGAGGUGGACCUUUUUCUGAGACUCCAGCUCCUCCCUCUUCUCAACUAUCAGAUGAAGAUGGACCUGCUCCUGCAAGACCAUUCAGAGGUGGUCUACGUGGAAGAGGAACUCCACGAGAUGGACGUAGAAGAAAUCUAGUACCACCUAGUAGAUUACCCCCAUCUUUCUUCCAAUGAAAAGUAGUAUCUUUUUAACUAUCAGUGAUCUGCUCACUCAAUCAGAGACCUAGAUUGCAUGGAGGUUGAUUACCUUAUCUGAGCUAUGUUGUAAUGAUGAAGAAAUAACCUACUCAACAUUGCCACUAUCACUCUUUUUUGAUCAAAACCAAUUUCUAAUGGUGGUAUUUCAUUUAAUGGACUUGUUGAAAAACAAUAAGGCUGUGCAAAUUUCUUUGGGAAUCAGUGCGAAGUAGUGGCAGAUUGAUAUCAAUAAACAGAAUGUACUUUACAAGCCAAUCUUAUGCUUUCUUUCAAAACUAUGUUCCAUGUUUAUCAACCAAGACUACUGGAGAGAUGAAUGUAAAAUCAAAAAGUUUUAUAUAGGCUUUAGUAUUGUUUUUAUUUUGUCAAACCAAGUGUUGGGGUACUGCUGGAAUUAAACCAGCAAAAGAUGUCAUUGAAAGCACUGAAAGCAUACAUGUGUCAGACUGAUAAAAAAAUAAAUCACAACUUUG